AUGUUGGCUAUGUGGAGAAGCUUCUCCAGUACAGGGGAAGAAAGGAGAUUGAAUUCAAAGGCAGCGGGUUUGGCAAUAUCCAAGGCAAUCACUGCUGUGGAAAUCUUUAAGAUGAAGAUACCGGGAUUACGGCAACACUCCACUACAUCUCUAUUGCAGACGAAUUUGAAAGUGCCAACUCUUUCCAUUAUCCUCUCCAUAUCAACCAAUGAAGGCGGUGAUUCAAUGCAACCAUCAGUGGAGCUAUCAACACAGAUGAAUCAAGGGGAUAAAGGCAUGGUAGGAAAGAAACACCUACAAAUUAUUCUUCCUUCUAUACUCUCGACAUGGAACACAAUGCUUGCAAAGUAUGUUUCAGGACACACACCAGAGAAUUGUAAGGCGUCAACUCGUCAGGCAUCCGAGAAAAAGAAGGUGCCAAAACCCUCCAAGGAGAAGACAUCCCCAGAGCAACCGCCGGCGCCGGGCGAGGCUCGUAAAGUGGGAAAAGGAUGGGACUACACAGACUGUGGUAAAGUUCUUUGUUAUAAGGAGUCGUCACAGCCCAAUGUUAUCACUGUUUACGACAGGAACUUGGAUGAAGAGAUGCGCAGGAUAACAUCUUUAUUGGAGUCUUUCCCCCUUCGACUGCGAGGCAAAGGUGGCAAGAGGAUCAGUUCGUACUGGUCUCUAAAGGUUAAAUUUGAAGCUACACAUCUAAUUCAGUUGGGAAUAACCCUCAGCAAUCAGGAGGGCCAAUUGCCAAGGGUAACCGGUCAGUUUACCCUUUGGCAAUUCAAUUUCUCUGAUUUUCACCCUGAGGAUGCCUCUUGCUUAAGAUCAGAAUAUUCAAUUGAAGAGCUGAAAAAAUGCGGAAUGGAUUUCAAGAGAAAUGUGAGGGAGGGGAUCGAACUUUCAUGUUUUUCGAAGAUUUUCCGCAGCCUACCUAUAUGGGGAAAUCCGAACCAUCUAUGGGUGACUUUUCAUGGGGAAAACGAUUACGGUUAUUUGUUGACGCUACUGGUGGAGGGUAAUCUUCCUGACACCCCAGGGGAGUUUGUAGAUUUGGUGAACAAAUAUUGCCCAAACAAUAUAGAUGUCAGGUAUGCGAUGAAACGGUCACUCAUUGCCUAUGAUAGGUCAUUAGAGCGUUCAGUUCGUCGCUUUGGCUUUAUCUCUCUGAAUGCGAAUGUCACUCGUGGUGAUAAAAUUGGUGUCCAGGAGUUAAAUGUUGAAGCAAGGGGCUUCAGCAAGCCAGCUGAUGUAGGAAAGGGUCGCCUCUUCCGUCCAGAUUUGUAA